AUGGCUAGCGCUAAUGGCGGAGGAUUCGUUUCCGAAUCAGGAGGGAUGAGUAUAGCUGAUAUGGUUCGUCAGGCUGCUACGGAAGUGUAUCAUUCACGUGUGCCUGAUGGUUUUGAAUGGAUUUCGGAAUAUGGGCAAUAUUAUUCCAGAGAAUCGAAUUUUUUCUACGAUCCUAACACGGGACUUUUUUAUUCACCCGAUAACCAGACCUAUUACGUUUUCAAUGAUGAAACCAGAGAAUAUGAAAUAUAUAGAUGCGCUCAAAAAUUGAAAUGGAGAAACAAAAAGUACGAACACUGGGCUGAAGACUUCUUUGGCGAGAAUUUUUGCAAGAUCAGUCAAGAAACGGUGGAAGUAGUAGAAGUAGUUUUUGGGAUGGUUGAUUCAAUAUCGGGCGGCCCUCAGUACUUCAAUCUUGACAUGCCUGUAUUGGAGGCUAAAACGAGAAAAAAAAAGGGUAGAGAUGAAAAACCUAAAGGUCGAGAGUAUAUUCAAACUGAAGAUCCGAAUUUGGUUAUUUAUCAAGAAGUGGAUAAUGUUCUUUCUCCUUGUUUGAGUGAUUCUUCUGAUGAAUAUUGGUCUAUAGGAUGGGACGGAAGUAUUGCUGAGCAAAAAGAGCGAUUGAAACAAGAGGAAGGCUUCUCACACCCUCCCUGCCUCCGGAUAAUAGAUGAAACUAACAAAUUAUUUGUAAUAACUAUGACAGGGGGUAUAGCGGGAUCUUCCGAGCAACUCGAAAUAGAACUUAAUGAUUUCAACCUGCCUCCCAAAGUUCUGGAAUUUUCUUAUGUGCAAGAAAGUUCAUGCUAUAUAGUAAAGAAGAUAUCUGACAAAGCUUCUGUAACACUGAAUGAUUUUUAUUUGGAGCUUGAAGACGACAGGGAAAUAGUUCAUGGAGAUUUUUUGAGGGUUGGAAAAUCUAGAUUGUAUAUUCAUGUUCAUUAUGGAAAUAAUACGUGUAAUGGAUGUGAGCCCGGAUUAUUGAAAUCUCGAGAACAGCCCGUCUCUCGUGUUGUGAGUGGUGAAACAGCAAGAAGGCGAAAUCUGAAAAUGCUGAAGGCAGCUUUUGGCGUUAUCGGCGGAUCUGAUUCGCAUGUAAAUCGUGGAUUUGAUAGAGCUGCCAAACGAAGGAAAGAAGUUGGAUCAGAGAUAGACAUUAAGCGGGCUAGUAGACCGAAUGGUCCUGCUGAUCCUAAUAAUAUCUAUGCGAAUUGUUCCGCGAGACCUGUUCCUGGAUCAGUCCCUCUUCCAAAACAAGGAGCUUCUGCUUCUUCUGUUAGUUCCGAGAACAAAGGAUUCAAAUUGCUCAAAGGUAUGGGCUGGAAAGAAGGAGAGGGGUUGGGUAAAAGCAGUGCUGGACGUGUUGAACCGAUUAUUAAUAAUUUGAAAGCCAAUCGCGCUGGUUUGGGUUCUGAUAAUACAGAUCCUUCGAAGCCUAUCACGAGCUCCAAAGAUGCUAUUUUAGACGUGACGAGGAAAAGAUACGAAGAGAUAGAGAAGUCAGAAAAGUAA